UAGGUUACGAAAUCAAUGCCAAGCUUUGUGAUUUGGUUUUUCCCUGUAGGGUGGCGUCCCAAAGGAUUGUUGGUAGCUCACCUUCAUGAACACAAAUCUGCAGUGAACCGCAUUCGGGUCUCUGAUGAACAUUCCAUUUUUGCCACUUGCUCUAACGAUGGCACAGUGAAAAUCUGGAACAGCCAAAAAAUGGAAGGAAAAACCACUACAACCAGGUCAAUUCUGACAUACUCACGGAUUGGAGGACAUGUCAAGACUCUUACAUUCUGCCAGGGCUCACAUUACUUGGCCAUAGCUUCAGACAACGGUGCUAUCCAGCUUCUUAGUAUUGAAGCUUCAAAGCUCCCUAAAUCUCCUAAGAUUCAACCAAUUCAAAGCAGGUAUGGGUAUGUACUUACAGCAGUUAAAUCUCUCUGCAGAACUCAAGCUGCUAGCGUAUCCCUUGCUUAGCGUGUGUUUGCUCCA